AUUAAAGUAAACUGGCAUGUGGAAGAUGGAUCAACAGGACAUUGUUGAAGGAUCCUAGAAGACCUUAUCAAACCAAAUCCUUCUGAUGGAUAUACACUUUGGCUUUCACUUUUUCUCCUGACUAUUUUUCCUUCAGAGACCUGGGAGAUUUUUUUAAGGUUUUCUUGAAUCACCUUUGAAUGCAAUUAUGGGAUGCUCUCCAUCGAAAGGAAAGUUAUUUUCAAAGCCAGAUGCUCUUGGACCUCCAAAGGCUCAGCGAGCUGAGGCACCACAAGACAAUGUUGAUUCGAGACCUGAAGAGGAGAAAAGCAAAUGUUUUGAGACCAACGAGGAAGGAAAUGAACUUCCUCUUCCCAUUGAUGAAGAACAUCUAACGAAAGAGACUUUGUGGUCUCAAUCGGCACUUGAUACAGGUGCCCAAAACACAGAUGAUGUUAAAGAAACAAAGGUAAAUGUGAUGCCCCUAGAAAAUGUUGAUGAGGUUAUACAAACAGAUAAGAUUAAAAAGAUGGAGAAAAGAAAGAAAAAGAAAGGCAAGGGGAAGUCCAACAAAAAGAAAAGAAAAGCCUCCAUUUUACAGACAAAGGUAGACUUCCCACCACAGAUGGUGAGGGCUCACCAUGCAGCCUAUGCCUUUUUAAACCCGAACAUUUCCAAAUAUGAGACCCUGUUGGGCCUGCUGGACCAGGCCGCCCAGACCCAGCUGUCCCUCCAGCCCACAAUGUCUGCUUUGGUGUUUCGCUUUGAGGAAAUCAACCAGGCCCUAGAGGAGAUGGCUGAGGAGGGGGAGCACAUGUUGAAGGAGCAUGAGUACCACAUGGCCUUGCCUUCUGGAAUGAUAGGCCCAGCUGUAAUGUUAGCUAAACCUAGGACUGAUGCAUCCAAACCCCCUUAUCCGCCUCCAGAUCUGUUACAGCAACUGCUUCAGCAUUCAACAGAGAAAAUGCGACAUGUGGGGGGUUCGGUCCAGGCACUGAGUGACACCACGCUUAAGGAUGCAGUGGAGUACUUUUCUUCCCUCUCUAAACUAAUGUUUGAGAAGCUGCAGGCCAAGAAGGCAGCAGAGCAGAGGUUUGCUCAGGUGCUGUCACGGGUGGAGGAGGCUGCCUUAAGGAAGUCUAACCCGGAGGAUUUGGCACUGCACAGUGAAGACAGCGGUUUCGGGGGAGAAAAUGAGAGUCUAACAGGGUCCGAGAGGCACCGCCGCCACCGUGGGAGUGCUGGCUCUGGAAGUUGUGGAUCUGGAAUCAACAUUCGUGGUGCAUUAGAUACUCCGGCUAGCAGUGUACCCAACCUGGUAGGCUGUGAUGAAGAUGAAGAAGAGAAGGAGGAGGAGGAGGAGGAGGAGGAGGAUGAAGAGGAGGAUGAUGAUGAUGAAGGUGAUGGGCCUGAAAGAAAGAGGUCAAACUCCGCCCCACCAGAUCCCAGCCAAGCUUUUCUUUUCAUGUGUACAAAUUACCUGCAGGAUUGGCAGCCUACAGUCAAACGACCCCUGACUGCUGUCACUGCAACCAAACCUGAACACUCUUCAUCCAUUAUAACAGACCUACAAAAGGGCCAGAGGAACUUGGAUCAACAAAGGAGAAAGAUGUCUGAAAUCCAAGGAAAGAAAGGGACAGCAGGGCCUCAUUACAACCUGUAUAGAGCUGGACUAAGGAGGCAUUCAGUAAAUGGAUCAGCAGGUGCACAAAAGGGCACCUUCAGAACAAAUAAAUCACCUGAUUCCUUACUAAUGUUGGCACCCCAACCACCCAAGCACCACUCUGUGAGAAGGCUGAUAAAUACAUUUAGCCAAGGGGUUGAUGGUCGACCAGGACAGAGCCUUGAUAAUGUUCCAGCUCACAUCAGGAGGCCCAGGAAAAGUAAUGAGGGGAGGGUUGUCAUCAAUGGCAACAAUAACUACAACGGUUGGCCUGAGGGCAAGGAUGACCUGGAUGUAGACAACCUACCACCUCCACCCCCAGAGGUUCUGAUGGACAAUUCCUUCCAGAGUACCGAGGGCAUCCCAGGAAAUAAAGAAGGGUCACAGGAAGAUUCAGCUGUGAGUCUCCCAAUAAUAAACCAAAAGAACGGAGUCUCCCAGCGCCUUAAGGCAUCGGUGCACAAUAUGGAAGUGCUGCCAAACCGGACCAGCGCAAAGCCGAGCUCAAUCAGUAUCUUGUCUGCCCGUCCUGUGAGGCCGGAUGCUGUUAUGGGGACACAAGAUGCAAAACAGCAAACAGAAGCUGAUCUGGAUCCAGAAAUGGAGAAGGUUAACUUGCUCUACCAACAGGCACGUAAGAUGAUUCACAUGCGCAAUGCAGGAGAGUCUCCUGACAAGACAGAAAGUACAGAAUUAAGCAGCAGAGGGCCACCCCCUCAAGCCAGAAUGGGUCCGAGAUGUGGAAGCAAUGAAUUAUAUGAGGGUGAGAUGUCCCCUUACAGCCUGCCGGUGACAGCGCCGCCUGUCUCUAGAGUCCGCUUACCGCCAUCUUGUCCUUCUGUGUGCCACAAAUUUCCAAGUCCUCCUGCGUUCCGACCUCAGUCCACCUCCAGACCCUCAUCUCGCCCAAGUUCUCCAAGACAGGUAACACGUGCAACAGAUAACUGCACUGAAGAGAUCAUUCCAUCUGUGUCCUUUCACGAUGCCCGCUCAGUCUUCUGUAGAAAGGACUCUCAGACCUGCAUAGCCACUGGUGGUUCUGUACUUCCCAAAUUAUGGGGAGAGGCCUCCCGGGGCAGACUCUCCAUGAGAGGGAUGGACAACACUACCCGCCGCACCCAAUCAGAACAGAGGCCUAGUGUGACUGCCUAUUCAGAGUUUUCCAAAGAUGGCUGUUCAGCCUAAACCCAGGCCAAGGGGAACCUGCCUGUAAACACAACAUGUAGGCCGGGGAGGCCUCUGAUGACAGGAGACGAUGCCCCGUUGGAUCCAAGUGCUGCUGUGACCUCAGCCUGGAGCCCAGCUGGGAUUGGGCUGCGUUGCUAAAGUAAAAGGUAGAAAGGGAACGAAGAAAGGGAUUAUGGAUUAGAAGGAUUCGGAGGUUAAGAACCUUUCUCUUUUUUUCUUGUCUUUCCUUUCAUGGUGAAGGAGGUUUGCAUCUGAGAGUGGGUGAUACAUUUACAAUAUUAAUUCAAGUGGUCGGGACUCUUAGAUUGCCUUCUGAAAGGUCUGUCAGAAUUUGUCUGUAUCCGUUUUUAGAAGGUCACAUGUAAUCUUAAUAAACUGUACAUCUUGACUCUAUAAAUUAGUUUGACGUUAAAGAUAAAUGUGCAUAUUUUGUUAUGGCAGCCAUUGUCACCCCCACAUGUCUUUUCAGAUCCCUGUUGAACCUCAGAGCUGGAAGGAAAACGGGGCAUUUGGGGGGGGGCUUUUAGCUGCUAUAACAAAAUCAAAAGUACCCCUCUAAUUUACAUCAUAAUCCAACUUAAGUGUUUUUGUAUGUAUUCUAUUUUGUGUUUGAAUGGUUUGUACUAGUUCCCCAUCAGUGUCAACCAUGUUUCUACCUCCACUGUGUCUCAAUAAAAAAUAAAAAGAAACAUGU